GGGGACACCGCGCGCCGCUGCCCACCAUGGUCGCUGCGCACGCCACCCAUUCCUCCUCCUCGGCCGAGUGGAUCGCCUGCCUGGAUAAAAGGCCGUUGGAACGCUCCAGUGAAGAUGUGGAUAUAAUCUUCACACGCCUGAAAGAAGUUAAAGCGUUUGAAAAAUUUCACCCAAAUCUCCUCCAUCAGAUUUGCUUAUGUGGUUAUUAUGAGAACCUGGAAAAAGGGAUAACAUUGUUUCGCCAGGGUGAUAUUGGAACAAACUGGUAUGCUGUCCUGGCAGGGUCUCUGGAUGUUAAAGUAUCUGAGACGAGCAGUCACCAGGACGCGGUGACCAUUUGCACCCUGGGGAUUGGGACGGCCUUUGGAGAGUCCAUUCUGGACAACACGCCCCGCCAUGCGACCAUCGUCACCAGGGAGUGCAGCGAACUGCUCCGCAUCGAGCAGAAGGACUUCAGGGCACUAUGGGAGAAAUACCGACAGUAUAUGGCGGGACUCCUGGCUCCUCCUUAUGGUGUUAUGGAAACGGGCUCUAACAAUGACAGGAUUCCUGACAAGGAGAAUACACCUCUCAUUGAACCUCACGUUCCUCUUCAUCCUGCUAACUCCAUUACCAAGGUCCCUUCGGAGAAGAUCCUCAGGGCUGGAAAAAUUUUACGAAACGCCAUCCUCUCUCGGGCACCUCACAUGAUUAGAGAUAGAAAGUACCACCUAGAGACGUACAGACAAUGCUGUGUGGGAACCGAGUUGGUGGACUGGAUGGUGCAGCAGACUCAGUGUGUUCACUCCCGGACCCAAGCUGUUGGCAUGUGGCAAGUCUUGUUGGAAGACGGUGUUCUCAACCACGUGGACCAGGAGCACCACUUCCAAGACAAAUAUUUAUUCUAUCGAUUCCUGGAUGACGAGCGUGAGGACGCCCCUCUGCCCACUGAGGAGGAGAAGACGCAGGGCGACGAGGAACUCCAGGACACCGUGCUGCUGCUGUCCCAGCUGGGGCCCGACGCCCACAUGCGGAUGAUCCUGCGCAAACCACCUGGCCAGAGGACCAUGGAUGACCUGGAGAUCAUCUACGAAGAGCUGCUCCACAUUAAAGCCUUAUCCCAUCUUUCUACCACCGUGAAACGGGAGUUAGCGGGCGUUCUCAUUUUUGAGUCCCAUGCCAAAGGAGGAACCGUGUUGUUUAACCAGGGUGAAGAAGGUACCUCCUGGUACAUUAUUCUAAAAGGAUCAGUGAAUGUAGUCAUUUAUGGUAAGGGUGUGGUCUGCACCUUGCAUGAGGGCGAUGACUUCGGCAAGUUAGCACUUGUCAACGAUGCGCCUCGGGCGGCCUCCAUCGUCUUGCGAGAAGAUAAUUGCCAUUUCCUCAGAGUAGACAAGGAGGAUUUCAACCGGAUCCUGAGGGACGUGGAGGCGAAUACAGUCCGACUUAAAGAACAUGACCAAGAUGUCUUGGUGCUGGAGAAGGUCCCAGCGGGGAACAGAGCGUCUAAUCAAGGAAACUCACAGCCUCAGCAGAAGUAUACUGUGAUGUCAGGAACACCUGAAAAAAUUCUGGAACAUUUUUUAGAAACAAUCCGCCUUGAGCCAGCUUUAAAUGAAGCAACAGAAUCUGUUUUAAAUGACUUCGUUAUGAUGCACUGUGUUUUCAUGCCAAAUACCCAGCUUUGCCCAGGCCUAGUGGCCCAUUACCAUGCUCAGCCUUCCCAAGGUACACAACAGGAGAAAAUGGACUAUGCCCUGAACAACAAGAGACGGGUCAUCCGCCUGGUUCUGCAGUGGGCCGCCGUGCACGGAGACCUGUUACAGGAGGAUGACGUGGCCGUGGCUUUCCUGGAGGAGUUUUAUGUGUCUGUAUCAGACGAUGCCCGGAUGAUCGCUGCCCUCAAGGAGCAGCUGCCAGAGCUGGAGAAGAUUGUCAAGCAAAUCUUAGAAGAGGCAAAGGCGCCACAAAAGAAGCACAAGGUUCUCCUGCAACAGUUCAACACAGGCGACGAGAGAGCCCAGAAACGCCAGCCCAUCCGGGGCUCCGAUGAAGUUCUCUUCAAGGUCUACUGCAUGGACCACACCUACACAACCAUCCGGGUGCCGGUUGGGGCCUCGGUGAAGGAGGUCAUCAGUGCAGUUGCUGACAAACUGGGCUCUGGGGAAGGCCUGAUCAUAGUCAAGAUGAGCUCCGGAGGAGAAAAGGUGGUGCUCAAGCCUAAUGAUGUUUCGGUAUUUACGACGCUCACCAUUAAUGGACGCCUAUUUGCUUGCCCACGGGAGCAAUUUGAUUCACUGACUCCCUUGCCAGAACAAGAAGGCCCAACGGUUGGAACAAUGGGAACUUUCGAACUGAUGAGUUCCAAAGACUUAGCAUACCAGAUGACAAUCUACGACUGGGAACUCUUCCACUGCGUGCACGAGCUGGAGCUAAUCUACCACACAUUUGGAAGGCAUAAUUUUAAAAAGACCACAGCAAACUUGGAUCUGUUCCUGCGGAGAUUUAAUGAAAUUCAGUUCUGGGUUGUCACUGAGGUCUGCCUUUGUUCCCAGCUCAGCAAACGUGUUCAGCUCUUGAAAAAAUUUAUCAAGAUAGCAGCCCACUGUAAAGAGUACAAGAACCUGAACGCCUUUUUCGCCAUCGUCAUGGGGCUGAGCAACGUGGCCGUGAGCCGCCUGGCACUGACGUGGGAGAAACUGCCGAGCAAGUUCAAGAAGUUCUAUGCCGAGUUUGAAAGUUUAAUGGAUCCUUCAAGAAACCACAGAGCCUACAGGUUGACAGUAGCUAAACUGGAGGCGCCUCUCAUUCCCUUCAUGCCUUUGCUCAUAAAAGAUAUGACGUUUAUUCAUGAGGGGAACAAGACGUUCAUCGACAACCUCGUAAACUUUGAAAAAAUGCGCAUGAUUGCAAAUACUGCCAGAACAGUGAGAUACUGCAGAAGCCAGCCCUUCAAUCCCGAUGCAGCUCAGGCUAAUAAGAACCAUCAGGAUGUCCGGAGUUAUGUACGGCAAUUAAAUGUGAUUGACAACCAGAGAACUUUAUCACAGAUGUCACACAGAUUAGAGCCUCGGCGGCCAUAGACAUUUGAAGUGCCAGAACAAUAGCUCGUCUCCAGUCCACAAUCUGUGUUCAGAAUGCCAUUUUAUGCCACUAUGGACGGACGGACGGUGUCGCCUCAAGAGGGAGUUUGACGCAUCAAGCAGAAACGCAUCCUGAGGCCUCUAGGGCUGUGCUCGCUUCCCAGCAAGUGACGCGGCGAGAGAAGGCAUCCCCGGGCGUACCCACAGCUUGCACACGCUACCGUAGGAACCCCCAGUGGGUAGACACUCAGCCAUUCCGAGUUGUGCAUCUGCUCUGCUGGAAUGUAAGGCAUGGCGCCCUCCCACCGGAAGGGCCUGGUCCUAAUACCAUUGUCAAGAGAAGAAUCAACCCCUGCCAUCCGCCCCACCCCCCACCGAGUGUUUUAGGUUAAGAUGUGCUACCAGUGGGAUGCUCUGGAUCCAUUGUGGUGAUAAGAGUUUCAUCGUUUAGAUUCAAGAUACGGAGUGUGGGGUCUUAAAAAGAAUACUAUUGAAGAAUUCAUAUACAUGCCAAUUAUAGGUCGCCGUGUUCCAUCUUCAUAGUCUUACCUCAAAAGAAAUAGAAUCUGACCACAUGACUUAUGCCACAUGUCUAUUUAUGUAGUGUAGGCAGGACUGGUCUGUAAUUUCUGAAUGAUAGAGUAAUAUUUAUGUUUACAAUGUAACUUCUUACAAUAAAAUUUAAAAAUCAGGAUUACAUAUAUUAGAAUUCCGAUCAGAAACUCCAAGGUUCUUAAAAUUGCCAGGAUUAAGAUAGGGGAGAAAAAAAAUCACCUUUCAGAAGAGCACAAUAUGCACAAAACUUUUUUUCCCCCCAAAUUAGAAUAUUUUCCUGGGCAUUAAAAAUCUUUAAUAUUGGCUACAAAUUAUUGUCACUGAUGAGAAAAAAAUAUUUUCUGCACUUAAACGUUAUUACAAAUAUCUUAAUUUUCAGCAAUUCUUUUGCACUUUCAACUAGACUGUAAAUAGUUCAUUCAACCAAUGGUAAAGAAUUAUUUAUUUGCUAUAUAGUAGAUAUUGUGCCAAAUAAUUGCUUUUUAUUUAUUUUAUUUAGUAUGUAAUUUUAGAGUACAUUUUUUCCUAUUUUCAUCAUUAGGCUACAUUUGAUGUGUAGGAAUUAUGUGUGUAUAUCUUCUGUAAAUAACACUUAGUAUCUUCAUUAAAUAUAAUUGUUGACAAGA